CUCCGCAACAUUUUGUUAAAGUUCACAUUUCAGAUAGAGUGAUAACCAAUUUAUCGUCCAGAAUUUUUCGAUCUCGUCAAUUUACUUCUGCAAGCGACGACGCGACUCGACUGUGACUUGAAGUUGAUGCAUGUUAGAACUAGUUUUAAUGGAAGUUAAAACACUGCACGUUUGAAAACCUGUAGUACCAUUUUAUUCAAGCUACGAUAAAUUGAAAGCUAAAGCUGUGUUGACGUCAGUAAUAUCUCACAAUCAGUUAAAUACUGUGUUUCAACCAACUCUAGAUCCUGUAUGGUAUUGCAGAAAUAUGGACCCAAAUCUUUCUCGUGGCCUAAAUGAACAGGAGGAGAGAGGUUUUGUAGACUUAGCUAAUGAACUCCUUGCAAAGUUUCAUUUAACUGUUAUAACAUCAUUAUCUGAGUUUAUUCCUGCCAAUUUUAUUGUGCUGUAUGAGGGGAUUCUUGGAGACUCUCUGCCAGGACUAAUACAGAAUCCCAUCACAAGAGAAGAUGAAAUUCACAAUACCCAAAAGGUGAUUGACUCAUUAUCGAUAGAUGUGUUGAGAACUGAUUUGUCUCAUAUCACAGCAGACAGCAUUGUUGAUGGGGAUUUUUUAGCAUUGUCUAACCUGAUAGAGAUAUUCGCUGGUUUGUUAGAGUACGUAAUGGAAGCUAUCAGCUCAGAGGGUUCUACUAGUGGUGAUGUUGAUGGUAUGUCAGAUGAUCUGGAUGGAUUGACAUCCGGUGCUAUCUCCACUAUAUCAGACGUGUUAAAAGAAGAAUUAGGACCAACAUAUAAUUAUGAUUAUGCAAGGAACACCAAUGAGACUACAAAAGACAGACCAGCUGAUGGCAUUCAAAAACCAGCUGACUCCACAGCUGAUCUUAUUAGAUUAGGAGAUACUCUUGAAAGUCACCCUUCACCAGCCAAAUCACGAGUUACAACAGAAUGGUCUAGUAAUAAUGGGGGUAUUUUAAAGUCAACGCUACCAGAAGAACCCAAACCGACAGCUACAGUUGCCGAAACAACCCAGGAUCUGAUACGCGACAGUGAGGAGUGGGUGAGAAAAUUACAAGACCAUCGGGAAAAAUGGGGUUCAUACAGUCCUAGUAAAUCAUCUACAGUGACCGAAUAUAGCACCACAUCAUCACCAUUAAUGCACAGGAAAGGCAGGACACCUUAUAGUCCAGCAAGGUCGUGUACGACUGUGACGUCUGAUAGUGUGUCAUCCUCUCCUUUAACUGACCGAAAUACAAGAUAUAAUUUUGCCAGUACAUCCAGACAAUCUCCAAUCACUAAAACCAUAUUGCCUUCAGUUGUUGCAUCACCUGCAAAGAGUGUGACAUUCAGCGAUGCACCACCUGCAACAGUUGAUAUAUCUGAAAGUGUUGCUUCAAGUAGAACACCAGGAGCUCGGAGAAGGAUUGAUACUAAUUUUGAUCAAGCUCGAACAAGAAAAACAGCCUGGUCUGAACAGGCUGAUGAUGAACCCAUGCCUGCCGAGCCAUUGUUCCCGACAAGUACCACCUCACCAGAGAAACAGUGGCCAGAGGGUACAGGUGCUAGACCCAAACAGUUGAAUGAGACGACAACACCAAGAAGCAGUGAUGAUAGAUUGUCACGGCAACAAAAAGAUAAGCCUGAAGGGAGGCCAGUAGUAUCAGCUGAAAAAGAUUUGUCAAUAUACAGUCGGAGAGUUGAAGAUGCCACAAAUCUUAGACAGAGGAAAGAAACACAGAGGAAACGAGAAAGACAAAGAUCAAAGCCACGAGACAUUGAACUUGACGUUUCACAUCACAGUGAUAGCGAAAUUGAUUAUGGACAAGUUUGGAAUAUGUUGAAGCAACACAGAGAGAUGAGGCCUGAUCCUGAUCCAGUUAUUGUAGAGAAUGAAGACUAUAUGGAUGUGAGACCCAAAUAUGGUAGAUCACCACCAAGGCGUCUACAACAAACUAACUUUGAAUCAGCACUAGAUGCCGAUGCUAAAGGUCCCAUGGCUAAUAUCAGAAAACAGUUGAGAAAAGAAGACAAGAGAAAACAGUUGAGAACUGAGGCAAUGAAACAUCUCUAUGAAAGCCAUCUACAAGACGUCAAAUAUGCACAGAAAAAGACACUGUCAGAAAAGAAAAAGAAAUCCACUAACAUGGAUAAUAUUUACAAGUCUGUGCAUAGAGGAGGACCUAAGGCAUCCAAGUACAGACCUGAAUCCAAAUAUAAAGCAAGUGUAGUCAAGUCCAAGGUUCGUUCCAAGCCAGUAAGUGCUCCUACAACUCCAGUCAGUAAGAGACGUAGGAAGACAUUAAAAGUGGGAAGUCCUGGUCAAGGAAUUAAACCCAAAGGUCGACUGACAGUACAAGAAGAUGAUUUGUUACCAACCAUGCUGCAAGAGUUCCCAUUUCUUCAUGUAUCGCCGCAAACGGCUCAUGACAUGUGGAGGAAACAAAUGAGACAGAUUGAACAACUUGCAAAAGCUGAGGAACAUCACAAGAAAAAGACAAAAACACAGCUACAGUUGGAAGAAGCUGGGAAGAGACAAGAAAUUUUGAUGAACAUUAUGAGGAAGGAGCUCGCACACAAUCAACGAAUGAGGGAUAUCAGAGACAGAGCAACACAGCAGCAGUUAGUUAAAACUCGAGUUAGAGAGAACAGACAAGCCACUGCUAGAGCUAGAAGAUACUAUGAAGAUUUCCAACUCAGAAUGAGGUCAAAGAUGUUAAAGAGACGAACCAAAGAAGAACAGAUCUUUAAAAAAGUAUUUGAAGAUGGUCUGGACAUCCAGAAGAAUCGUAUCAAAGAACUUCGUAAAUAUGCCAGGGAAAAGAGAGAAGCACUUGCCAGAAGACAGCAAGAUGAAAUAGAUUCUUUAGAAAACUAUUACCAUGAUCAGUUUGGUAUGUUGUCAGAAACCAUUUCUAAAGAGCGAUAUGAACUUCAAGUUCGAGACAAGGCACAGUCAAAUGUGAUGGAGCAGAUGAAGAAAGAGUUGCGUCAUAAGAUGGAGAAAGAAAUAACAGAUCUUCAAGAGAACAUGAAUCGAGAUGAGGAUGCUGCUUAUUUCAGACAACUAGAAGCAGACAGGAUGAGACAAGAUCUACAAUUUGCAACAUAUAAAACAGCAUACUAGGGUGUUCUGUAUACUGCCCUCACCUCCCAGAAACUGAGAUCAGUGGUUUUGUGUGCACAAAAUAGAUCUUUCAUAACAUGACGGAGUCAAAAUUGUGUGGACAUUGUGUUAAUAUAUAUUUGAAUUGAAUGAAUUAAAUAAAAUGCAUGCUUUUCACUGAAAUUGUUGACACAGGUUUGUCCUGGAUCAGUUGCCGUGACUAGUCACCAUCUUGUUUUGCAAAAGUACAACUUCAUGUUUUAUGAAAAAACAUCCACCCUAAUGAAUGAAAGGAUAAGGUAACCCAAAAUCUUGGUCUGUUUCCAAAGUAAAGACUAAUUUUAUGGAUGCAAUUUUUA